UUUCACGCGCAAUUGCAUGCAGCAGGUGUCAAGGACUACAUCGAUCCAUUCAUUGAGGAUAGUGGCAACGUUGAGGUAGAAAUGGCUGAAUCGAUGCUCAUCUUGAGAAUGUGUUCCAUAAUGCUGGUCCUUGGUUUUUCAGAGGCCAAAAUGGAAAUCAUCACCUCCAAACAAGAUGUGUUGCUGGGUGAGAAUGCCAUGCUCCUCUGCAAAGCUGGUGGGGAAGGAGACAUCACCUGGCAGAUAGAUGGAGAGGAUGUUGAAGGUGACCAGGUUGAGAAAGUGGAUGAGACAUCGUCAAAACUGUUCAUCAGGGAUGCCAAGUUGGAGGAUGCAGGACUGUACACAUGCUUAUGUGAAUUUGACACCGGUGACAGAGAUCAUACAUUUCAGACCAUCUUUGUCUACGAGCGGCCAUCCUUCGGGGAAACACUGGCCUACCAUGAGUUCCUGGAGGGUCAAGAUGUGGUCAUCACCUGCAUGGUCACUGGCAAGCCGGAGGUGGAAGUCAACUGGGAGAGGGACCAUGAGAAACUGCAAUCUGAAGCAGGUCGGAUCACAAGACUAAAAGACAACUCUCUACAGAUCAACAACAUCAACAGGAAGGAUCACGGAACAUAUACCUGUGAGGCUAAAAUCAAGGACCGGCCCAUUUUUGAAAAGCUUGACAUCUCCAUCUCCAUCAACGUUCCCCCCACAGCGAAAAUCCAUGAGGAGGUGAAGAAAGUCACGGCUGGACCAGAGACCAAUGUCUCCCUCAGCUGCCUGGUCGAGGGAGUCCCCCAACCGAACAUCAUCUGGACAGUCCCAGAAUCUUCAGAUGAGUCCCGCUACAAGUACAACUCAGACAAGAGCGAGCUGAUUAUCUCGUCCGUUGUCAGGAGCGACUACGGAGAGUACAUCUGCACGGCCAAGAAUAAAAUCUCAGAGAGCAGUGCCAUGAUCAUGCUGGAUGUCUCAGAGCAUCCUGUAGCAGUGCUGAGCCAGAAGAAGAUGGAGCUGGAGCCAGGCCAGACUCUCUCAGUGUCCUGUAAUGUCUCAGGACACCCUAUGCCCGCGCUGCAGUGGGUCAGGAAGACCAACAAUGACCACCUGCUAACAGUGGACACUGGUGGAGGUCGAGUGAGAAUGGAGGAUGGCUAUGUCCUGGUAGUUGACAAUGUGACGCCCUCAGAUGGAGGGCUGUACAGCUGCAUGGCUAUCAGUCCUGCUGGCAACGCCUCCACAGACUUCAGCCUGCAGACCUGGCCAGGUAAAGCAUCCCAGGUAAGUGGCACCCCAGGGCCCACAUCGGUCCACUUCACCCUGGGUGCUUCCCUAGUGGAUGGGGGCUCUCCCAUCACCCACUUCACCCUCCAGUGGAAGACAGGACGUGAGAACAAUUGGCAGGAGAGAGUCAUCCAGUCCACAGACCCCCUGGUUAUCACAGAUCUGAAUCCCUACACCACCUACUCUGUCCGGUUUGCCCCACAGAACCACCUGGGUCAGGGAGGCUUCUCCGAAGAGCUCACCGUCCGCACACAGGGCAUACGAGGGGAACCAGACAGCCCAGUCCUGGUGGCCAGCGUGGGGAAGGUUGAGGGCAAUAUGUUCUCAAUCCCUUUAACACAGUUGGACAACGGAGGCGCCCCCAUUAUCCACUACACUGUCCGCUACAGAGUGAAUAAGGUGGACGAGGACUGGAGGGAGAAGGACCUGCCGUCCAACUCGACAGUGAUCAACCUCCAUGACCUGCAGUAUAAAUCAGACUACCACAUGGAGGUGCGAGCCGUCAACCCCUACGGCUCCUCCAGCCCCGUCAAGCUGAACUUCAGCGUCCCACAGCCUGUAGCCAAGAUGAAUAAGGGUGGGAUGGGGAAAGGGGCUGUGGCAGGCAUUGUCAUAGCCAUCUUCUUGGCACUACUGAUCGCUGUGGACGCCACCUGUUGCUACACCAACCGCUGCGGCAUGCUGAUGUUCCUGGCUGUCAAGCUGUUUGGGCAGAAGGUCCCUGGGAUGAAGACUGUGGAGGAGGGUGACGGCACCUCUAAUGGAGACUUGAAGUUGAAUGGGCUAGGAAUACCGAGGGAUACCAUCCCAAAGCUGCAGACACAAAAUGGGGAAAAGAAUGGGUUGCAGGCGGAGGUCACGUGCGACAAAGCACCCCUCACCAAAUUCGAGAAGACGUCCCCCAAUGGAGAUCCUGCCACAGAGGCCUGAGUUACUGAACAGGAAGUGACAUCCUAGUAUCUGAAGAAUGGAACCUGUAAAUGUCAGUAGAAAGGAGGAAGUAUUGUGAGUUGAGGGGUCUUAGUUAAAUGUUUUUGGAGAGUUCCCAGGACAGUCCAUGUUGAGAAAGGAUAAGGAUUAGGAAAGUUAUCUGUGAACUGUAAUGUCUAACAUUAACAGAUUGUUGUAAUUUCAUCCAGCCCUGUGUAUUCUCAUGUUAAGUGUUACAUUUCCUUGCUUUUAUGUUUCAGUACAUUCAUGUUAUGUUUCAGUACAUUCAUGUUAUAUUUCAGUACAUUCAUGUUAUAUUUCAGUACAUUCAUGUUAUAUUUCAGUACAUUCAUGUUAUAUUUCAGUACAUUCAUGUUAUAUUUCAGUACAUUCAUGUUAUAUUUCAGUACAUUAAGGCUGCUGUAAAUUGUCAGGGAGACCUUUGUAGUUCAUUAAUUGAAUCAUAACUCAUUAUUUAUUAAAGUCUAUAUUCACUUUAAUCUGCAAAACAAUCUGUAAGUGACAUAUCAUUACUUAAUAAGGACAUUUUAUCCUAACAUAUUAACAAUAUACAGCAGGGCUGCCCAACCCUCUUACUGGACAUCUACUGUCCUGUAGGUUUUCAGUCCAACCCUAAUUUAGCAUAUCUUAUUCAGCU